GGGGAGCCGAUCGCCGGGUGCGGGCGGCCGGCGCGGCGGGGCCCGGCGCGGGAAGAUGCUGCAGUCCCUGGCGGGCAGCUCGUGCGGGCGCCUGGUGGAGCGGCACCGCUCGGCCUGGUGCUUCGGCCUCCUGGUGCUCGGCUACCUGCUCUACCUGGUGUUCGGCGCCGUGGUCUUCUCGUCCGUGGAGCUGCCGUACGAGGACCUGCUGCGCCAGGAGCUGCGCAAGCUGAAGCGGCGCUUCCUGGAGCAGCACGAGUGCCUGUCGGAGGCGCAGCUCGAGCGCUUCCUGGGCCGCGUGCUGGAGGCCAGCAACUACGGCGUGUCGGCGCUGGGCAACGCCUCGGGCAGCUGGAACUGGGACUUCACCUCGGCGCUCUUCUUCGCCAGCACCGUGCUCUCCACCACCGGCUAUGGCCACACGGUGCCCUUGUCGGACGGGGGCAAGGCCUUCUGCAUCGUCUACUCCAUCAUCGGCAUCCCCUUCACCCUGCUCUUCCUGACCGCCGUGGUCCAGCGCGUCACCAUCCACGUGACGCGCCGGCCCGUGCUCUACGUGCACCUGCGCUGGGGCUUCUCCAAGCAGCUGGUGGCCCUGGCGCACGCCGUGCUGCUGGGCGUGGCCACCGUGUCCUGCUUCUUCUUCAUCCCCGCCGCCGUGUUCUCCGUGCUGGAGGACGACUGGAACUUCCUGGAGUCCUUCUACUUCUGCUUCAUCUCCCUGAGCACCAUCGGCCUGGGCGACUAUGUGCCGGGGGAGGGCUACAACCAGAAGUUCCGGGAGCUCUACAAGCUGGGCAUCACCUGUUACCUGCUGCUCGGCCUCGUGGCCAUGCUGGUGGUGCUGGAAACCUUCUGCGAGCUGCACGAGCUGAAGAAGUUCCGGAAGAUGUUCUACGUGAAGAAGGACAAGGACGAGGACCAGGUGCACAUCAUGGAGCACGACCAGCUGUCCUUCUCCUCCAUCACGGACCAGGCGGCCGGCGGGAAGGAGGACCAGAAGCCGGACGAGCCCUUCGUGGGCCCGGAGCCGCCCGCCCUUGCCGACGGCCCCCCACAGCGCUGAGCGAGCGCGGGCCUGGUCCUCCCGCACCGGGCGGGGCGGGGCAGGGAGAGGCUUCGCUUUGUGCGUCUUUAGGAGAAUGUAAAAGCCAAAACGAUAUUUUAACAAACGCCCGCUAUUUGGAGACAUUCGGUAACAUUCGAAACCAAAGCAGAAAUUGGAGCAAAGAAAGCUUUGGCUCCGGAGGGCUGUCUGGUAUCUGAGGACGCGGGGUAGGUACCUGUCAUUCAUCCGAAACACAAUGAUCUGGACUGUCUAGUGGGGUGAGGACCCCUGUGGGUAGAAGCAGGUUUUCUACUUUUAAUUGGGGGAGGCUACACUAAUAAAAGAGUAAGAUGCAAAUUGACCGUACCUUCACGACGCCCACCAGCCAAUCAGGAGUGAGUAUGCAAAUCAAUCCAGCAAAGAUGGCAGGUUAAUUCGAAAUCACUUAGCGGACGGCUCAAUAGCAACCUUUAUAUAUGGAAACGCAGACGAGAAGCCUAGAGAUUUUGUUUUAUAAAUUUAUGUGUAUGGGUUUGCAUGCGCCCGCCCGAAAUGAUUAUUUUUGUAGAACCUAAGAUGACCCUGUUAUUUAUAACGAAUAGGUGCCCGUGAACUGUGUACAUACCGGGUAUCCAUAUGUUCCUACCCUGUACAGGGGGGUCCCGGUCGGCGGGUCUCAGCAAACCUCUUCCCCCGAGACUGUAGAUACUGUUUCUUUGGAUUUCUCUUUGUACGGAGGACUCGAGCGCGGCCGCAGUACGAUAAGGGGGAGGACGCACAGGAGAGCGAAGGCCUGCGUCUUCCCCUGCAAUAAAGGUGUCUGUCCUCUUGCAAUAACUCGUGUGCUCUCAGGUG